AUGAAAUUGGUAACGGGCAUAUUCGUGCCGCUGCUUGCCGUCGCAGGUGUCACUGGCCUGCCAAACUACCAGCGGAAGAGUUUGAUACAAGAGCCUUCUGAAUGGAAACGGAUUCGGCGAGCGUACCCGAAUGAUCUAGUCGAUGUGUCUAUUGGCCUCGUGCAGCACGGUUUCGCGUCCUUUGAACAAAGGCUGCUUCAGGUUUCUACUCCUACACACCCAGAAUACGGCAAGCACCUCUCAACUAGGCAAAUCCAGAAGCUGCUGCGACCUGAACCAGACCAUGUCCGCUGCGUUCUGGAAUGGCUGUCUGAGUCGGGAGGCCUGAAGGCCCACAACGUGUCAAAAUCUCCGACGGGUGACUGGCUGGAGAUUUGCAUGCCAAUAAAAUGCCUUGAGCAUCUACUCCAGACAGAGUACUGGACAUUUGAGCACAUCCCAUCCGGUACUAUUGCUAUCCGUACUCUGGAAUGGUCGCUGCCGACACAUCUAUUAGACGUCGUUGAAGUCAUCGCGCCUACCAACGUAUUCAUCCUUCCGACUGCGCAGCUCAAAUACGGCGCUCCGGCACCGCUCUGGGAGACUGAGGGUCGGGUGCCGACACACGAAGAGCUGGUCGAGGAAGACUGGCUCGACCGCGGACAUCUGGACAUCCCGGCCGAGGAUGCGCUGUCCGCGAACCCCACGCCAGCCGAAGCCUGCAACCGUCUUGCCAUCUCCCCCCUGUGCCUGCGGGUGCUCUACGGCACCUGGGGCUACUCGCCGCAAAUCUCCGCCGCCAGCAGCAAGAACUCGAUGGGCAUGGUCAACUUCCUGGGCCAGGUAGCAAACCGCUCCGAUGUGGCACUGUAUCUUGCGCGGUACCGGCCAGACGCGGCGGCGGCGCAUGCCGAGGCUGCCUUUUCCGUGGAGCUGGUGAGCGGCGGCGACGACCAGCAGACGCCCAACACACCGCAGCAGAAUAAGGACCAAAAAGGAUACGAGGGCGCGCUCGACGCGCAGACGAUGCUCGGCAUCAGCUGGCCUACGCCGCUGGUCAUGUACAACGUGGGUGGCAAGCCGCCCUUCCGUCCGCUCAGUAUGCACACCAAGAACACCAACGAGCCGUACCUGGCGUGGCUGAGGCACAUGCAGAGCGUCGAGAACCCGCCGUCUGUGAUAUCGAUCUCCUACGCGGAAGACGAAAAGCUCGUGCCGCCCGAGUACGCGCGCCGCGUGUGCGCCGAGUUCGCGCAGCUUGCGGCCCGAGGCGUGUCCGUCCUCGUGGCGAGCGGUGACUACGGCGUCGGCCGCACCAAGCAGUGCGUGACGCUGGACGAGAAGCGCCGCCGGUUCAUGCCCAGCUUUCCCGCCAGCUGCCCCUAUGUCACCGCUGUAGGGGCCACGCGCUUCAUCGAGCCCGAGAUGGUGGCCUUUGACGCCCGUAGUAGUUAUGCGUCUGGCGGGGGCUUCAGCGAUGUCUUUGCGCGGCCGGCGUACCAGCGCGCGGCCGUCGAGUCGUAUCUUGCCGAGUUCGAUCGCAGAGUAGAGGAAGACCCGGAGCAGGAAGAUUACAGCGGCCUGUUUAACCAUGCAGGGCGCGCUUACCCAGACAUUGCAGCCAUGGGGUAUCACUUCUCGGUGCUUUGGGGCGCGGUGGCGCACCUUCAGGAUGGGACGAGCGCGUCGACGCCAACUGUUGCCGCCAUCGUCGCUCUUGUCAAUGAUGCGCUGAUAGACGCCGGCCGGCCCCCGCUUGGCUUUCUCAACCCAUGGCUGUAUUCAGCUGGUGCAUCGGCUUUUCGGGACGUCAAAGUCGGUUCCAACAUGGGCUGCAAUACCUCCGGCUUUCCGGCGACUGAGGGUUGGGAUCCAGCUACGGGACUUGGAACACCCUGGUUCCCGAAACUCAAGGAAGCGGCGCUGGCAUCGCGGUUUCGAGCUACUCGACCUUGGUAUUAUUUGCCAGGUAUAUGA